AUGUCGCCAGAUACUGUAUCGUCGCUGUUCCCAGACCGACCGAUUCGGCCGCUGCCGAAACGCCGGCUUAGAGAGAGGCUGUCUCCAGACGUUGCGGACUCAAUAAAAUACCCUCCGUCGACUCACGAAACCACCCCUCUCUUCUACUACCCCCCAUACACUCUAAAAGAUGAAGGAAGCCCGCCGAGGACCGGCUCCACGAGCCCAGUCGAGCAGGGACGCAGGACAGAGUCGGGGCGCAACUACACACCGCGGCGGAACGGCGUGGGGUUGUCAGACGGCGAUGAGGAAGAGACUGCCUUGCAGAGCAGUCUUGCUACCAGAUCACCUCCAGAGACCCUUACUCAUCCUGCGCGUCGGCCGUCAAGGCCGGACCCGCCUCGACAUCCAAAUCCGCAGCCCCCUCCAUCAACGACGUCGUCAGUAGACGGCUACGAUUCAUUCGAGAAUACCAAUAAUAAGAAGAAGAGGAAGAUCCCCUCCGCAGGGGACCCCACCCUCAACGGCACUCAUGCGCUGAACAACGAGAUAGGCUCUCUAGCCAUAUCUUCCAGCACGGCACACUCCCCGGCCGGCGAGCUCCAUGGCGAUAGGUCGUAUGCCCAUUCGGGUGCGUAUCCAGGUUCGGGAACCUUUUCCACCAGCAACCAGGGAAUAUCGGGGCCAGGACGAGGCAGAUUGGGGCGCUCCAGGAAUGGAAGAAGUCCGCUGCGAGCGUUGCCCGAAGGUAACACCACGUGGGCUGGACGAGCAUCCAAAACUGCACCAACCCAGUGGGCACCAGCCGAACGCGAAGCUCGCGGUAUCAUCUCUAACGCUAUUGCUGUCGCAAACGCUGAGAAGCAGCGUCCUCAACCACAAGAGAACGGGAGCUUACUUCAGCAAUACUCUUCGGCAACGAAGACCACACCUGCCUCGACUCAAUUCACCUUCACCUGCGAUUCCCAAGUUCCUGGGACGGUUCGGUGGCCUGGUCAUUCGAGUAAGCAUAGUAUGUCGACUCAGACGACGCCAGGCAUGUCGGCAGGGAUGAACGGUAGCAACGGCUAUCAUCACGACGGUUCUUCCAAGGCAGCUAGUCGCGGAUCAGGGAGUUCUCGUCGAAAGAGCAGACGCCGAUUGGAAAAGGAGCUCGACAUGGCUGCAAGGCACCGCCGUCGAAUUGCUGCCGACAAUUACUAUCAAAACCCCCCAAAGGCGGAAGACAUUUGGAUUUGCGAGUUUUGCGAGUACGAACGAAUCUUUGGCGAGCCACCAAGGGCACUGAUUCAAAAAUAUGAAAUCAAGGACCGACGGCAUCGCCAGGAAGAGGCUGACCGUAAGCGUCUUCUCGAGAAGGCCAAGGCGAAAAGUCGAAAAGGCAGGAAGAAUGCGAAGGCACCCGCGAGAGGACAAACAACAAACCAGAACACUCCUCCAGAGCCAGAGCCAGAGCACGCAGACCCUGACGCCCCUCCUAUGAACACGGGCAACGGACAUUCCACGCAGUCCGAGGACGACUACGUGGACGGGCUUGAUGAUCACUACUCGGAUGCAACUGGGCAUCAUUUGCAUCGGGGGGAUCCGGGCAUACCGGCGGGUGCAACCUAG